UGUGACGAAAUGUUCCAAUGGGAGGUGGUAACAUGCUGGUUGAAGUCGAGGCUAUUAGGAACCACGUUGGUUGUACGCAUGCGCUGUUGCUAAAUGUAUGGGAGAGGCCUAGCGCCAAGAAGAUCAGCUUUAAACCUCCAAAUUAUCUUGAACUUGCAGCGUGGUUACAAGAAAAUGCCCCCAAAGAAGAAGGAGGAAGUGAAGGUAACACCACUUCUUGGUAGAUUUGGCACUUCACUGAAAUGUGGUAUUGUCGGCGUGCCAAAUGUUGGGAAGUCCACAUUUUUCAACGUUUUAACCAAAAGUCAAGCAGCAGCCGAAAACUUUCCAUUUUGUACAAUAAAUCCCAACGAGAGUCGAGUUCCUGUUCCGGAUGAAAGGUAUGACUUUCUUUGUGAGCAUCACAAACCAGUCAGCAAGGUUCCUGCGUUUUUGAACAUUGUGGACAUUGCUGGUUUGGUGCGUGGUGCCUCACAAGGAGAAGGACUUGGCAAUGCUUUCCUUUCGCAUAUUAAAGCAUGUGAUGCAAUAUUUCAUAUGCAGAGAGCUUUUGAAGCAGAAGACGUCACACAUGUUGAUGGCGAAGUGAAUCCUAUCAGAGAUUUAGAAACAAUUAGAGAUGAAUUAAGACUGAAGGAUGAAGAGUACCUUGCAGCAAGAAUAAAUGAACUUGAGAAGAAAGUUGUAAGAGGAGGUGACAAGAAAGGACUGCAAGAAUUCGAAUUUCUAAAAACACUUCAUACAUCUCUAGCAGAGGAGAAGAAGCAUAUUCGCUUCUCCACACAUUGGAGUGCUACAGAUAUAGAAUAUUUGAACAAACAUCUUCUGUUAACAGCCAAACCAGUGAUCUAUUUAGUCAACCUCUCAGAAAAAGAUUACAUCAGGAAGAAAAACAAGUGGCUGCCAAAAAUAAAGGAAUGGAUUGAUAAAAAUGACCCAGGUGCAAUUGUUAUUCCAUUUAGUGGGGCUUUUGAGCUGAAACUUAUUGAAAUGGAUGAAGAAGAAGGCAAGAAGUUCCAAGAAGAAAGUAAGGCACAGUCAGCUCUUCCAAAGAUAAUCAAGACAGGGUUCCAGUUGUUGCAGCUGGAAUAUUUUUUCACUGCAGGAAAAGAUGAGGUUAAAGCUUGGACCAUUCUCAAAGGGACAAAAGCCCCACAGGCAGCUGGCAAGAUCCACACAGACUUUGAAAAGGGGUUCAUUAUGGCAGAAGUGAUGAAGUUUGAUGAAUUCAAAGAGCUUGGUUCUGAAGGUGCAGUAAAGCAGAAAGGAAAAUACAUGCAACAAGGCAAAAACUAUGUUGUUCAAGAUGGUGAUAUAAUUUUCUUCAAAUUCAAUGCUGGUGCUGGAUUGUCAGGUAAAAAGAAGUAGAUGGUUCAACAAAAACAGAAGUGGAUCACAGUAUCAAAAGUUUUAGCCUACAGAAAUUCAUUGAUAAUGUGAUUACAACUCUUUUCAAUCCCAUACUAGCAAAGCCAAAAGAUGAUGGAUUGUUGACAAAAGAAUUUAAAGUAGAAAAUCCAAUAAUAAGUUUUUACCAGAUUAUGACUAUUCUAGCGAUAUUUGUCUCACUCUUGAAAAAUGUUUCAUAGUACACAA